AGCAAACAUUGCACAAAUAUAAUUGUAAACAAAAUUUAGGCCGCAAGUACAACGUAAACAAUGAAAAAUAAACGAUUAAUGCAUCCGCGGAAUAUUUUCCGAACGCCACCAGAUUAUACAGCAUUAGCAAUCAAAUACAAAGACUUUCGUAAAGUUUGCAAGCUGGAACUCAAUGGCAAGGUGUACAUAGAUUAUCGCAAUGAAGCCACAUUGCGCGCGCUCACACAAAUGCUAUUGGAAGAGUACUUUCAGCUAUACGUCGAAUUUGCACCUGGCAGUCUUGUGCCCACACUGCCGCUACGUUUGAACUACAUACUCUGGCUGGAAGACCUGAUCGCGUUACUUAAAUUGCCUGCGGAAGAAGUAAUAUGCGGCAUAGACAUAGGCUGUGGAUCUUCCUGCAUAUACUCGCUCUUGGCAGCGCGUAAAAAUGCCUGGCACAUGCAUGCGCUCGAGUCAAAUGAUGGCAAUCUCACAUUUGCACAGAGAAAUGUGGAAGCUAAUAAACUGACACAGUUGGUGGACAUUUUCAAGCAGACUGAUAAGCAAAUAAUUUUCAAAGACUUCUUUAAUGCCAAACCAGAUGUUAACUUUCAUUUUUGCCUUUGCAACCCGCCAUUUUACGAUUCUUCGUUACCAAAUCCUUUUAAUGCCAAAACAAGAAAUGAGGACAAACGUACACCACCACACAAUUGCCAUACGGGUCAUAACGAGGAACUGGCUUGUGAAGGCGGAGAAGUGCAGUUUGUCCAGCGCAUAAUUGAAGAUAGUGAGCUUUAUCCACAGCGCGUUUACAUUUAUACAACAAUGUUGGGUCACAAAAGCAGUGUUGCGCGCGUUAUGGAGAUUUUGUCUAAGAAACUGAUCACAAAUGUGUGUAGUACGGAAUUUUGUCAAGGCAACACCACGCGCUGGGGCAUUGCUUGGAGUUUUAGUAGUGAUUUCGAGCUUCAUAAUGUAGCAAAUUAAAGCCAAUUUUAAAUAGCAAAAAUGUUGUAUGUAAUAUUUAAAUAAUUCCCAAAAAAGCUAGCAAACAAAAGUGCUAAAAACAGAAGAAUUAGAAUUGAAUAUUAUCUAUCCUCAACCGGAAAGAGGGUUGCUUCAUAUUAGUGCAUCAAAUGUUAAGAGAAUGAGCUUUAUAAGUCCUAUAUUGCAGUAAAAAUCUGUUCCAUACUGGUACAAUAAAUUUAAAUUCUCUCUAUUACAGGAAACGCUAA